UAUUUAUUCUCAAAUUUAAAGUGUUUAUUAAUCGGACAAUAAUAUGCUUGCCCACUCUUUUCUCAUAGAUUUUUUUCUUUUCUUUAAAUGCAUAUAUUCCCAAUAUACCGUACACUAUAUUCUCAGCCAAUCCCAAUUCCCCCAUUUUAUUUGGCCGCAACCGCUUAACGACCGCCAGCCGACGACCACUCCAGACGCGACUCCCGGCGGUUUGAAUGCCGGAGUGCGGUGGCUGACUAAACUGCGACAAAUGCGCCGGGAGAUGGACCUCAGCGCUGGAGCUGCAUACUCUUCCUCUUCGUCUCCUCCUCCUCAUCCCGCUUCGUCUAGGUCGUCCUACGCCACCGCCUCCGCCUUGCGGAUUUCCCGCCCCGUUAAGGUCAUACCUCUGCAGCAUCCGUCGAUUGCGGCUUCGUCCAAGCCGUCGGUUUACGGGGAUCUCGUGUCGAGGUGGACGGAGAAGGUGAGACGGAUGACGUUGACGGAGUGGAUUGAGCUGUCCUUACCCUGCUAUCGUUGGAUUCGGAAGUACAGGUGGCGACAGGACUUGCAACCCGAUCUCAUUUCUGGCGUCACAGUCGGGGUCAUGCUUGUGCCUCAGUCAAUGUCAUAUGCAAAGCUUGCUGGGCUUCAACCAAUAUAUGGUCUUUAUUCUGGUUUUGUCCCCAUAUUUGUUUAUGCCAUUUUUGGGUCGUCUCGCCAACUCGCAAUUGGUCCAGUUGCGUUAACAUCCUUGCUGGUGUCAAAUGUCUUGAGUGGAAUAACAGACCCAUCAGACAAGUUAUACACGGAACUUGCUAUACUCUUAGCCCUCCUGGUUGGCAUUCUAGAAUGCAUUAUGGGGCUCUUGAGGCUUGGAUGGCUUCUUCGCUUCAUCAGUCACUCUGUCAUUUCUGGUUUUACUACAGCCUCUGCUGUUGUUAUAGCUUUGUCCCAAGCAAAAUACUUCCUAGGCUAUGAUAUAGAACGGAGCAGCAAGAUUAUUCCACUUAUCAAGAGUAUAAUAUCUGGAGCAGAUAAGUUUUCCUGGCCACCUUUUGUGAUGGGCUCACUUAUGCUAGCUAUUCUUCUUACCAUGAAACACUUGGGGAAAUCGAGAAAGAACUUGCGGUUUGUACAAGCUGCUGGUCAUUGGUAGGAGCGAUACCACAGGGGCUGCCACAAUUUUCUGUUCCCAAAGCAUUUGAACAUAUAAAGUUUUUGAUCUCAACGACAAUUCUUAUUACUGGUGUUGCUAUCUUGGAGUCUGUAGGCAUUGCUAAAGCUUUGGCUGCAAAGAAUGGGUAUGAUUUGGAUUCAAAUCAGGAGCUAUUUGGUCUUGGCGUGGCCAACAUUUGUGGCUCUUUCUUCUCGUCAUACCCUACAACAGGCUCUUUUUCUAGGUCUGCUGUCAAUCAUGAAAGUGGAGCAAAAACAGGCUUAUCUGGGUUCGUGAUGGGAAUUAUCAUGUGCUGUGCUCUUUUAUUUUUGACUCCAUUAUUUGAAUGCGUACCUCAGUGUACUCUAGCUGCUAUUGUGAUAUCUGCUGUAAUUGGGCUGGUAGAUUACGAUGAAGUUAUAUUUUUAUGGCAUGUUGACAAGAAAGAUUUUCUCCUGUGGAUAAUCACUUGUGCUACAACUUUGUUCCUUGGUAUAGAGAUUGGCGUCCUUAUUGGGAAUUGUAGAGUCAUAGUCCCUAAGUUGGAGACGAGGAGUAGAUCAUUGAUGUUUUCAUCAUCAUCGCCUUAACCUCAAGUUGGUGUUUCACUUGCAUUUGUGAUCCACGAGUCAGCAAAUCCACAUAUAGCUGUCCUGGGCCGUCUUCCCGGCACAACUGUGUAUCGAAACAUUCAACAAUAUCCCGAAGCAUACACGUAUAACGGGAUUGUGGUUGUUCGAGUUGAUGCUCCUAUUUACUUUGCCAACAUUAGUUACAUCAAGGACAGGUUACGGGAAUAUGAGAUUACAAACGAUGGAUCCUCACGCCAUGGGCCAGAAGUAUCAAGAGUUUACUUUGUGAUUGUUGAGAUGGCCCGUAAGUUACCUAGCAAUCUUUUUUUUUUUUGAUGAAAAUGUAAAUAGAAUAAAGAAGUAGAAUAUAC